UUGCGCUUGGCACAGUUUACGCCCAAACAUUCAACUGCAGUGGUGAUUAUAAUCCAUCAGAAUACAUUGGUAAACGUCGAGUUCCAAUCGAUUGCAAAGUUGAGCAGCUGGACUGCCCAGCCUCUUGGAAGUCUGGAAUACCAAAAGGCAGCGAAACAUCGGCGCCAAUGAUUGACAAGAAAUUUCUGAACUGUCAUGAAGGUUUUACUCUGUGUGGAUACGUCCCGAUCAAUCCAAAAUCUGGUGAAGUAAUUGGACAAAGUGGCGUUACGAUUGGUUGUGGUGUUGAUCUUGGAAACAAGUCGAGGGCGUCUUUCACGUCAUUGUCAAGCACAAUUGUUAACAAACUUGAACCUUACUUUGGUUUGAUAGGAAAUCUCGCUUCUUGUGCUGCGAUUGAACAUCCCUUGAACCUAACAUUAACGGAGGCAAACAAUUUGACAGAUGCUGCUACAAACGAUGUACUCAAUGAAGUUUCAAAAAGAUACGACAGCGAUAAAGAUGGGAAUGCGCUGGCGUUUGCAUCACUUCCUCGCGGUAUUCGCACAGCCAUCGUCAGCGUUUG